AAUACCAGAUUUCAGGUCAUUUGGCUCCAAAUCUCGAUUUUCAGCUCAGAACGGAACUUCUAUACCUGCAAAGCCCGAUGUGUGCUCCAGAACCUGAAAAAUUGAUCCACUACCUCAAAAUUUGGACGGUCCAAUUAGCAGUACCCACUGUUCUUCAAAUGCCUCUUUGUUCGGACAUAGAUCGUCAUUUCUCAACCAUCCAAGGAAUAAUCGAUCUGAAAUUGAUCUACUUUGGAUUCUUCGUCUUACUAGGAUUUGUCCUGAACAUAGUCGGUGUGGUGACGCCAUGCUUUUUGGUGGAGACGAACAGGUCAACUAAAAAGGAGACAUGCCACUGGGUGAAUCCGUUCUCAACUCUGGGCUAUUCAUACGAUCUCGCCAGCUUCUUCCUCUACGCCACAAUCUUCUGCCAAUGCAUCAUCGGCUGGCUCAUUGGGUCAAUUGUCAAUAAAACAAAAAUCAAGAAAAGUAAGUAUUCCAAAGAGAUUCUUUCACGGUUCGACUAUAUCAAAUGGCUAUUCAUGUUAAUAAUUGUGCUGAACGUGCUGAGCUUUGUGCUUAUCGAAAUCCAGUAUGACAAGCGUUUCCAGGACGGCAGUCUUAAUCUGUCCUACCAAACAUUUGUACUGGCGAUUUGUACAUGCAUUGUGUGCCCCUUCAAUAUUACACUUUCCAAACGGCUGGUGCGGCUAAUCAAACGGGUUACUCAACAACAAAACUCCGCGCCGUCGACGAAUCAAUACAAUUUGGACACUACAAAUGGCAAUACAAUUGCUAAGAUUUGAGAAAUUAUAAUAAACUUGCGAAUUCUAGG